AUGUUAAAAGCCAUGAUGAAUUUAAUUAAUAUUACAGAGAGAAUCACAUCCCUAGAGCAGUCGCCUGAGUCUGGAUUAACGUCAUUUGCCAAAGAACGCAUCUACCACCCUCGUCGAUCAACUGAUGAUGAUGAUUUGACGCGUGGUUCAUCGCGACGAACCAGUCGUUAUAAAUCCAAAAUGGAGAAGGCCAGGAAAGAGUUCUUGUCUACAGAUACCAGCCCUACAUCCGAUCCUUACGGUGAUCGUUUCCGUCAGUCACAAGAAGAUCUGCAACGUCCUCGACCUGAAUAUCGAGGAACCUUCCCGCAACAAACCUACAGCAAUGGUGAUUGGAUACCAAAGACUGGCACGGAUUUGCAGUCUUACCCACGUGUUGGUCCAAGCCCUUAUGAUCAAGUUAGUUUCAGUAUCCGUUCAUUGAAUAGGGUAUCCUUUAUCGUUCCAUUUCAACGAAAUACUCAAAUUCAUAAACCUAACAAUAAUGGAAUCGAGAAUGGAAUGUUUGAUUCAGUCCUUCGAAUAUGCUUAAAAGUUAUCUCCUUUGAAAUGCUUCUUCACCUGUUCAAUUUCACCUCCUACUGUUGUCCAGAUUCACUGAUUGUUCCGUUGCUUUAUCGCUUAUUGUUCAUGUUUCUUCUACAUAAUCAAACUCGCAUUCCUCUGUUCACCUUUUCAUUUAAAGAGUCAUUUAAUAUUGAUGCUUUGACCAAUGGUCCUUUCUGA